AUGCCCGCCGGCAUGUUCAGCAUCGACAACAUCCUGGCCGCCCGGCCGCGCUGCAAGGACUCGGGGAUGCCGGUGGCGCCCAGUGCCGCGGCUCCGGUCGUCUUCCCGGCCCUGCACGGGGACUCGCUCUACGCCGCCGGUGGCGGUGCCUCCUCGGACUACGGCGCCUUCUACCCGCGUCCCGUGGCCCCCGGCGGCGCGGGCCUCCCGGCGGCGGUCGGCGGCUCCCGCCUGGGCUACAACAACUACUUCUACGGGCAGCUCCACGUGCAGGCGGCGCCCGUGGGCCCGGCCUGCUGCGGGGCGGUGCCGCCGCUGGGCGCCCAGCAGUGCUCGUGCGUCCCCGCGGCCCCAGGCUACGAGGGCCCGGGCUCGGUGCUGGUGUCGCCCGUGCCGCACCAGAUGCUGCCCUACAUGAACGUGGGCACGCUGUCCCGCACCGAGCUGCAGCUCCUCAACCAGCUGCACUGCCGGCGGAAGCGGCGGCACCGCACCAUCUUCACCGACGAGCAGCUCGAAGCGCUCGAGAGCCUCUUCCAGGAGACCAAGUACCCGGACGUGGGCACGCGCGAGCAGCUGGCGCGGAAGGUGCACCUCCGCGAGGAGAAGGUGGAGGUCUGGUUUAAAAACCGCCGUGCCAAAUGGAGACGGCAGAAGCGCUCGUCUUCCGAGGAGUCGGAAAACGCGGAGAAGUGGAACAAGGCGUCCUCCAAAGCCUCGCCCGAGAAGAGGGAAGAAGAAGGUAAAAGCGAUUUGGACUCAGACAGCUGACGGCCGCGGGCCGGCCCCGGGCCGCUUGGCGGUGCCCGACUCAUACGGACUUGCACAGACAGACGAUGCUUCUUGCACACGCGCUGCCUUGCGGGAGGGAGGUCGAGGAGGGACCGAGGAGCUGUAAAUACUGUACAUAGCCGGGAGGGUCGGCGGCCGCCGUCCGGGGCGCCCCAGCCUCGCUCCCCCAGCGUAGUAUUUAUAGUUAAGUUAACGGUGACACUCUAAUAAAAUG